AUGUCCCACCAGGAGAGAAACGAGAAUGUCCACGACCCCAAGUUCCGCGAGGCGAAGCCCCCUCAAGGAAGUCCCUCCAUUGCAGUGGCUGAUUUAUUUCGGCUAGACGGACGAACUAUCGUCGGCACGUAUAAUCUCUGCCUUCAGUCGGGACUGUCAUUGAUUAUCCCUUCCAGUAACCGUGGCGGCGAUGUCAUCUGUCUAGACGUGAUGGACACGCCAAAAGUUUUAGAGUGGGAAAACAUUGAACAUAUCGCAAACAAAUAUUCUCGUUUCGUGUCAUACCACCAGUGCAACGUGCGAAGCGACAACGAAGUAGCAGAGACAUUCGCAAAAUUUGUCCCAACGCUCCGAUUCCCGAUCCGCGGUCUCGUAGCCUGCGCUGGCGUGUCGGACAACGGACCCUCAACCGAAUUCCCUGCCGAGUCGUUCAGCCGCCUGCUUGAUAUCAAUGUCACAGGUACAUUUCGCAUUGCACAGGCUAUGGCACGGGAGGUUCUCCGGACAAAUAUGACGGCGAGUGUGGUUCUCGUUGCUAGUAUGAGUGGCUAUGUGACGAACAAGGGCGUGGAUACGGCGGGAUAUAACUCAUCUAAAGCAGCCGUUCACCAGCUUGCUCGCUCGCUAGCUGCGGAGUGGGGGUCGAGGGUUGGCAUGCCACUGAUCAGGGUCAAUUCGCUGUCUCCUGGGUAUAUUCGCACUGCUGCUACAGCCGAGGCGCUGCAGAAGCCUGGUAUGGAGGCGCAGUGGACUGGUGAUAAUAUGCUCUACCGAUUAAGUACGGUGGAUGAGUUCCGUGCGCCGGUGAUGUUCUUGUUGGGUGAUGGGAGCAGUUUUAUGACGGGGUCGGAUCUGAGGGUUGAUGGUGGUCACUGUGCUUGGUAG